AUGGAGCUAAAAGAAAUUCGACGACCAUACACUAUUAAACCAAGUACCGGACAAACAGAAUCUACUGGUGAACUAUCAAUGAUGAGUCGAUUCCACAGCGUUUCCCUGACGGAGAAAAAUCGGGUAGAAAGAAUCACAAACUCGAACGAAGUAUCCAACAGCCAAGAUAAGGAACAGCACCACGUCCUCGAGCUCCCCGGAUACAGAAGGAUACGGCCCGUAGGUCAGGGUUCCUUCGGUGUAGCUAUCCUGUACGACAGGCAAUCGGAUGGGCAACAGGUGGUCAUGAAGCAAAUAACGCUCAGUGAUCUCGCAAAACCGGAACGAGAAAUGGCCAUGAAUGAGGUGGAAGUGUUUUCUAAGCUUCAUCAUCCCAACAUCAUCUCCUAUCUUGGUUCGUUCGUGCGGGGUGACAUAUUACUGAUCGAAAUGGAGUUCGCAGAUGGCGGUACGCUCGCGCAAAUGUUGACCAAACGCAGCCAGGGCGAAUCGCUGCCGGAACGCUUCGUGUUGAACAUCUUCGAGCAGUUGAUCAGCGCCAUCAACUAUAUGCAUUCGCAGAAUAUACUGCAUCGUGAUCUAAAAACUGCCAACGUAUUUCUGCACGGUAGGGGCACGGUGAAGGUUGGUGAUUUUGGUAUCUCAAAAAUCAUGAACACAAACGUGCACGCCCAAACAGUGUUGGGAACACCGUAUUACUUUAGCCCAGAAAUGUGCGAAGGCAAGGCGUACGAUGAGAAGAGUGAUAUCUGGGCCCUCGGAUGCAUUCUUGGUGAAAUGUGCUGCCUACAGAAGGCCUUCACAGCGACGAACCUCUCGGAACUGGUGUCCAAGAUUAUGACGGCAGAAUAUGUCCCAUUGCCCGAUGGGUACUCUCAAUCGUUGCGCCACGUUUUGGGGUUGAUUUUUCAAAUUGAACCGAUUGCGCGCCCAUCCGCCAAAGAACUGUUGCAACAUUGGAUUCCUGUGAUCUAUCGAAAUCUGGAUUCCACUGAGAGGUAAGCAUUGGCCAACAGCUCAUUUCAGAUGGAAUGCCAGCCUCCUGCAUUAGGAAACGAUCGUGUGUCAUCAAAAUCGAUGCUUCAAACACAGAAACCCGUUCUAGGACAUAAUUCCAUUGCGAAUAGUCUUAUCGAUGGAGCCACAACCUUGGUUGCAGCAGAUGUAAACCAGAAUCCACCGAUCGAGCGCACUGUGUUGUAUCAACUGCACUCCUUCGGUACAUCUUCGUCAAUGGCACCGUUGCAUCUGCCACCUACAAUGAGGAUCAAGCAAAUUGCAAGCCGUGGGCAACAUUUUAUAGCAGUAAUGGAAGAGGGAACCGUGUACAGCUGGGGAGAAGGUGAUAAAGGUCAACUCGGACAUGACGCCCUCGAGACAUGGCACCACAUCCCGAUGAGGAUCGACGCCAUCAAGCAGCAUAAAGUAGUUUGCGCUGCAGUCGGCGAGGGCUUCACAAUCUUCUGCACAGCCUCGGGAGCUUUACUAGCUUGUGGUGACAACAGCCACGGAUGUCUCGGGCAGGGUAACAAGACAUCACUUUUGCUUCCCAAACCAAUUGGAAAGCUUGAACACACACCCAUCGUGCAAGUGGCCAGUGGAACGACACACGUGUUGGCCCUCACCGAGGGUGGCAUCGUAUAUAGCUGGGGCACCAGCAACAGCGGUGCGCUGGCACUGGGCAAGCGUAUUCAAGUCGCCCUGGAACCGGAACGCGUCAUCUUGCCACAGCUGGUGCAGAAUGUUCGAGAGCUGCACGCCGGACCGGACUGUACGAUUCUCAUCACCCGCCAGGGGGAUUGCUAUUGUUGCGGUAGCAACACCGGAAAUCGGCUCGGGUUGGGGCGGAAAGUCUCGGGAACGACCACAUUGCGCAAGAUCCUGCUUCAGGCUAGUCGCCCCAAAAUCCUGACAGUUAGCGUGUCGGACACUCACGCCACGUUCCUGAUCGAGGGUGGCUAUUUGGUGACACUCGGGGAUAACUCCAGCGGCCAACGUGGUGUAGGCCAUCAGUACGAGCUGCCUCAGCCUUCGAUCAUACGUCAGCUGCAAUCGCGGUACAUUGUGAAUGUAAAAUGCUGCCAAACGUACACUGUUGCUACUACCGAUGAUAAUUGCAUCAUACUCUGGGGUACUCGUUUGGGAACACCGGAUGGAAAUGAAAAUCCUAGUGGAUCACACGCUAGAAACAAUAAUGCUGAGCGAUGUUCCCUGGCAACAAUUGCGAACAGUACGAUGGCACUGGCAAAUAUUCUAACAUCCAUCUACAAGCAUGAAACGAUCCUCGAUCCGUCCGAUGUUUUGGCUUUGUACUCCUCGAAGGAGCAACAAAGCAUAGGUCUGUACGCAAAGCUGCUCGACGUUCAUCCCUUACAGCACAGCAUACUGGUGUUGGUCGAAACCAACUGUCCGUUGGCGUAA